AUGGCGCUCGACGACAACCGCACCUUAACUCCUGGUGUCCUCAUCACGAAUGAUGGUCAUUUCCUCAACGGCUACAGCGAUUUAGUCCAGGAGCAUAGUACCAGGACAAUAGUGAUGCGUCGCUACAACAAGAGCUUGUUCAAUGUUGAAAACUCCACGGUUUUCAUCAACGUUCCAGAAGGCGUGCAGACCCAGGACUCUAACAGCUCAAGCCUCAACGAGGCAAAUGUGCAAGCGACUAUGGCUCUGGUGGACAAGCUUUUGAAUCAAUUCCAAGUGAACAAGAAAUUCAAGCGCAUUUUCAACGCCGGCGAUAUCUCCAUCCUGACCUUCUACUCAGCCCAGGAGGAACUGCACAGGAUCGCCAUGGCUGAACUGGACCACAAGGGACGAUAUGCCUUUAUGGACACCUUGUUCCAAAGCUGGUUGUCACUCAAUCUUCUUCUACGACCUUCCUUCAUUCGCAAGCACCUUGAGACCUGGGCCCAAGAGCGUGAGGAUCACACUUCCGAGGCCAACGCUGGGGGAGAGCUACCUAAUGCUCUAGCCGAGGAGGAUCAGACAAAGGCCCAGCGGGAAGAACACACUGCUUCCAACCUGAAAAAUGAACCGGAUGAUUGGUGA